GUCGCAUACGCUUCAAGUGAAAGAUAGUGACAGUCUUUAAAAACAUAUAUACAUAUAUUGAUAUGGGUAAUCGUAAAUAAAUUGAUAAGUUAUUAUAUGGUGUGCAUAAUAAUGGCACCUAAUCCACGUCAACGACAAUUGUUCUAUUCCAAAAAAGAUUUAAGAAAGAUCAAUGGCAGGAGAUUUUCAAAAUCAGAAGAAUCAGACAUCGGACUUGUGUAUCCAGGAGUAGAUACAGCAUUUAAAUUAAUUUUAUCAGCCAGAUUUUGUUCAGCUAUAUGGUGUCAUAUAACAGACUGCGAUGAGACUUAUAAUUAUUGGGAACCAAGUCAUUAUUUGCUUUAUGGAACUGGUGAACAAACAUGGGAAUAUAGUCCUGAAUAUGCAUUGAGAUCAUAUACUUAUUUGUUAAUACAUAUGGUACCAGCAAAACUCUAUCAUUAUUUAUUAGAACCAAAUCCAGUUUUAAUAUUUUACUUCAUACGAUGUCUCUUAUCUGUGGGCUGUGCAUUAUCUGAAGUAUAUUUUUACAAAAAUGUAUGCCGUGAAUUUGGAGUUCAUAUUGCAAGACUUACGCUUGUCUUUCUUAUCCUUAGUUCAGGAAUGUACGUAUCCAGUUCUGCUUUUUUACCAUCAUCAUUUUCAAUGUACUUAAGUACAGUUGCUAUAGCAGCUUGGUAUGGUCGGCAAUAUGAAUUUGCCAUUUUUGCCACUGCUAUAUCUUCUUUAUUAGGAUGGCCAUUCGCAUCAUUACUUGGAUUACCAAUUGCCAUAGAAAUGUUAUUCCAUAGACAAGAAUGGAGCAAAUUUAUAAAAUGGGUCAUUAUUUCUGCAUUUGUAAUAUUAGCACCAAUGAUUUGGAUUGAUUCAAUCUACUAUGGCAGAUUUGUUCUUGCACCAUUAAACAUCAUAAUGUAUAAUGUUUUCACUAAUCAUGGACCUGAUAUUUAUGGCACAGAACCAUUUAGUUAUUACAUCGCCAAUGGAUUUUUAAAUUUUAACUUUAUCUUUAUUGGCGCAUUAAUUGCUCCAUUUGGAUUAUUUUUAGUUUGGCUUGUGAUACCAGCUAAACCAAGAGAACGUUUAUGCUUACCCUAUUGGUAUUCGUUGGCACCAUUGUAUCUUUGGUUCUUAGUGUUCUUUCUACAAUCUCAUAAGGAAGAAAGAUUUUUAUUCCCUGUAUAUCCAAUGAUUUGUUUAACCGGUGCAAUAUCAGUGGAUGUUUUGCAAAAGUUAUAUUUUUUUAUCAGAACAAAAUUCUGUCCAUUACACAUUGGAUGUCAUUAUUCUCAAUACACAACUCAUAUCAUGACUAUAGCCAUCAUUGUCUGCGGUCUUUUUGGUUUAUCUAGAACUCUUGCUUUAUAUAAGGGAUAUUAUGCUCCAAUGGAAAUAAUGAUUGAAACUAAUAAACUUGGAUCAGAAGGAGAAAUAUCAAGUGAUGGCAAUAUCAAUUUUUGCGUUGGUAAAGAAUGGCAUCGUUUUCCAAGCAGUUUCUUUUUCCCAUCAAAUAAUUGGAAACUUCAGUAUUUGAGAUCGGAAUUUAAAGGAGAAUUACCUCAACCUUAUUUGGAUCAUGAAAAUGCAACAAGCAUCAUUCAGCCACAUUUUAAUGAUUUAAAUAAAGAAGAACCAUCUCGUUAUAUAUCAGUAGAAAAGUGCCAUUUUCUAUUAGAUCUUGAUAUUGGUACAGAAACAGAUUUAGAACCAAAUUAUUCUAAAAUGUCUAAUCAAUUUGUUGUAUUAAAAUCUUCCAAAUUUCUCGAUACAUCCAAAUCACAUUCUUUCUUUAGAGCAUUUUAUAUACCAUUUGUAUCGUAUAAAUAUUGUACAUAUGGUUCAUAUAAUUUAUUACAGAAUAAUAAACUUAUUUUAACUGCUCCAUUAUUAUCAGGACACAAAAAUAUCAGAGUUUCUUAAAAAAAAAAAAAAAAA